UAGAAUAAACGUUUGUUUAAUUCCCCCUUAAGCUUAAGCCUAUAUAUUCAACGGGCUUAAGCUCAUCAUGCUGUUUCCUUCCUUCCAAUUCCAUAGCUUCUUUCUACCUGAAUUCUGUUUCCAAAAAAUAUUUCUCUGCUUGCUUCUUCGAUUCAUUUCAUACAAAUUCUCAACUGUUUUCCUUUGAUUAAGCUCAUCCAAAUUGUUACAGAGGCUGCAAAUCCCCUGUUUCGUUGCUUUCGAUGGAAAACAGUUGUGGAAUCGUUAAAAGUGAUGAAUUGAUGGAACUCCCUCCCGGAUUUCGAUUCCACCCCACCGAUGAAGAGCUGAUCACUCAUUAUCUCUGCAGAAAGGCCAUCGACGUAAGCUUUUCCGCCGUAGCCAUCGGCGAGGUUGAUAUGAACAAGGUUGAGCCCUGGGAAUUGCCUUGGAGAGCGAAAUUGGGGGAAAAGGAGUGGUACUUUUUCUGUAUGAGGGACAAGAAAUACCCGACCGGGCUGCGGACGAACAGAGCCACCGCCGCCGGCUACUGGAAAGCCACCGGAAAAGAUAAACAGAUUUUUCGCGGGAAAAUUCUAAUCGGGAUGAAGAAAACCCUAGUUUUCUACCGCGGGAGAGCUCCCAAAGGCCACAAAUCCGAUUGGGUGUGCCACGAGUACAGAUUGGAAGGCAAUUUCACUCUUGAUAAAUCAACCAAGAACGAUUGGGUGAUAAGCAGGGUGUUUCAAAAGGCAAGUGGAGGGAAAAAGGUCCAUAUUUCCGGUCUGGUUAGGAUGGGCUCCGCCGCCGCCACGCUGCCGCCGCUGAUGGAGACGGAAUCUGGCCACGUGCACUGCUUCUCCAACGCCGAUGUUGUUCGUGCUCCGAUCAACGAUGAUUUUUCCAUUCCCUCCCCGAUUCCGUGGGGGCAAUUGGCCUCGGUUCCGGUGCCGGAUCCGGCGAUUCUCCGGCAAUUUCUCGCGAGCUACGGACACAGCGUGUCACAGGAGACUGGGUUGAGUGCUGAGAACUCCUCCGUCUCGAAUCUCGACACCGGGAAGAGGCCGUUUGAGGAACAGGAGAGUGCAGUUGAGCCUCAGGAUUUGGAGUGCAUUUGGAGUUGCUCUUCACUUCAGAUUUAACAAAUUAAUGGUGCAUAUUAGUGGUUUUAGGGUAAAUGGUCGAUCUUGUUCCAUCGUUUGGGACGUUGUGUCUUACCGUGUCGGUAAUUACCAUUUAGUACCCCCAUAGUUUAAUUUUUCAGAAUAAAAGGGUCUGCGAAAAAUUUCUGGCGAUCGAAAUAUCGACAUGACAAUCGAAAUUACACAUGAAUUAUCCAAAUCACAUGUUGAUUAUCUAAAAUUACACUUUAUCGACGUGUAAUUUUGGUUGUCAUGUCCAUAUUCCGAGCUAGAAAAUUUUCACAUAACAUUUUAUUCCUAAAAAUAAAACGGAAAAUACUAGUAAAUGCUAACUACCUAAAUGGUGGAACAUUUUCGAAUAAACACCCCAAAUUAUGAGACAAAAUCGAUCAGAUUGUGAUUUUAUGCAGUUUUAUUGAAUACUUGAAUCAACAAGAUAGAGAAGGAAGAAGUAAUGAUCUAGUUUAGUGUUACUUGAUUUUGAUUUUCUGUAAAUUGUUUGGAUAUUCGUGUAGUGGGAAUGGAUUUCAAAGUCACAUCA